UGUAUCCGGCACUGCGCAUGUCAGACUAUCGGACGUAAACAAGGUUGAAGCUACAGGACAGAUCAGACACGAACAGCCGUUGCCAUGGGGAAGUCCUUCUCCCAGCUGCCCAAACACAAGGACGACAGUCAGGACGACCUGACGUCGGCGUCAGAGUACAGCGACACGCACGGCGAGGAUGGCAAGGGCGGGGACGUGUCUCAGUUCCCGUACGUGGAGUUCACCGGCCGCGACAGCGUCACCUGCCCCACCUGCCAGGGCACCGGGCGGAUCCCGCGAGGUCAGGAGAACCAGCUCGUUGCUUUGAUCCCAUACAGUGACCAGCGGCUCAGGCCCAGAAGAACAAAGCUCUACGUCACGGCGUCUGUCAGUGUCUGCCUUCUGCUGUCCGGCCUCGCCGUCUUCUUCCUGUUCCCGCGCUCCAUUGACGUCUCCUACGUCGGCGUCAAGUCCGUCUUCGUCAACUACGACCAGGGCAAGAGGAUCGUCUACCUCAACGUCACAAACACUUUGAACAUCACCAAUAAUAACUACUACUCCGUGGAGGUGGCCAACAUCACCGCACAGGUGCAGUUCUCCAAGACAGUGAUCGGGAAGUCCCGUGUGAGCAAUGUCACCACCAUCAGGCCCCUGGACAUGCAGCAGAUCGACUACAUGGUUCCCACCAUUAUAGCAGAUGAAAUGAGCUACAUGUACGACUACUGCACCCUGCAGACCAUCAAAGUGCACAACAUCGUGGUCAUGAUGCAGGUGACGGUUACCACGGCAUACUUUGGGCAUGCGGAGCAGGUCUCCCAGGAGAUGUACCAGUACGUGGACUGCGGGGGGAACACCACUUCCCUGCACGGGCGGCCCAAGGUGUCGAACAUCCUGCCACCCCCUGAGUAACACCCCACCCCCACCCCCUCCCCCA